UUGUAAUAAAAAAAUCUGAAAGCCACAACACAUAGUGCGCAAAAGGAAUAUUAUCAGAUUGAACCAAUUUGUCCUAUGGUCAAAAUUAGAUUUUUGAUUCAUUUUUUUAGGAAUACUUGUGGUGACUAGUUGUCAAUUUCUGUUGGAUAUACAUAGCUGCAAUUAAUGCUGUUUCAGUGAAUUUUAAAAAAUGUGGGGUCUUUUGGCAAUAUGCUUAGUUCGUUUUCAAUUGUAAAAGGAAUUUGCAUGGUUCUUGUUCAAAAGCUGUUGUUGAGUUUUAUGAAAGUUAAAGCCUCAGAAUACAAUCAUUCACCAGCAGUUAGACAAAUGGAGGAAGAAAAGCAUAGUGAAUUCUGCAAAUCUUCAUACCAUUUUGACUUGGAUACUGGGCUAGAGAAGAACUAUGUAGAGCAGAAGAAAAGACAAUUACCUGGCUGUGAUUCUUCUAAGGAUGAGAUUAAUUCUGUUCAUGAGGAUCUGAUUAGAGAAAUUGCACUUCUGGAGCUGGAUAUUAUGUAUUUGGAGAAAUAUCUUCUUUCAAUGUAUAGGAAAACAUUUUCCAAACGGUUAGAAUCACUGUCUAUGAAAGAUGAAAGGAAGUUUUCAGAAGUGAAGGAGCAAAAUGGCAAGUCAAAGGAAAAUCUAGUGACUAAUACUAGUCCUAUUUUGCCACCUUUGAGUAAUCCAAUCAAAGAAUGUGAUGACACACAAAAACUAGUUGAUUCUACCAUUUUGAGAUGCCAUUCUUCCCUAUCACAUGCUGCCUUUUCCUUCAGAGCUUCACCUUCAGUUGCAGCUCUUGCCGAGGCGGUCGACUCAUACCAUUCUUUGCCUUUGUCAAUGCUCGAGCAUGCUCAGCCAUCCACGGAGUAUACUGUUACAAGUUGUUCUAAUCAUUAUCAUAAAUCGCCAAGCCAGUUAUCUGAAGAAAUGAUCAAGUGCAUUUCAGCCAUAUAUUGUCAGCUUGCUGAUCCACCUUUCCUUGGCUAUGAUUUAAGCUCAUCUCCCAUCUCAGUCUCAUCAUCAACACUGGAAUCAUUUCCUGAAGCUCAGACCGAUAUGCAGGGCCAGAAACGCAGAGAAAAUUCAUCGUCAAACUAUCCGUUCCACAUUGACGAGUCGAAGAGAUUUAGCGGAUGUUUUGUUAGGAUGGUUGAGGUGCAAGGGCUGUGUCGAGAUAGUCAAAGCUUAAAUGCUGCAGAACACGCACUAAAACAAUUUAGGUAUCUAGUCUCAAAGUUGGAAGAAGUUGACCCUAGGGAAAUGAGACAUGAAGAGAAACUAGCUUUUUGGAUUAAUGUCCACAAUGCACUAGUAAUGCAUGCAUUUUUGGUUCAUGGGAUUCCAAGAAGUAAUCUCAAGAGAGCAUCUCUACUUCUUAAGGCCGCUUACAAUAUUGGAGGGAAUACAGUAAGUGUGGACAUGAUUCAGAAUUCUAUACUACGAUGCCAGUUGCCUCGUCCUGGUCAGUGGCUUCAAUCAUUGUUCUUUACUAAACAAAGAUUUAAAGCUGGAGAUGCACGAAAAGGAUAUGCAUUAGAGCAUCCAGAUCCUCGCCUACGCUUUGCUCUCUGCUCAGGAAACCAUUCUGAUCCUGUGCUUCGAUUGUACACAUCGAAGAGAGUGUUCGAAGAACUAGAAGUGGCUAAAGACGAGUACAUUCAGGCAAACGUAAGGGUACACAAAGAACAGAAACUAGUCCUUCCAAAGAAUGUGGAAUCUUAUAUUAAAGAGGUGAAUUUGUGUCCAUCUGGUUUAUUCGAAACAAUAGAGCAAGCAUUACCUUCUUAUUUGAGGAAGGAAAUUCAGCAGCCCGAGCAACGAAAGUUGUGGAAGAAAAUUGAUUGGAUUCCUCACAACUUCACUUUCCGCUACCUUAUUUCAAGCGAAUUGUUUGAGUGAGCUUCACAGUCUCGUGCCUUUCUGAUCGUCGUCACUGUCAAUGGUUAUGAAUGUCAGAUGAAUCACAAUCAAAACCUGUUGAACAGCAGCUUUGAGAAAAAGUAACUUAAGAUCUGGAAUAUAUUAAAGGGGCUAUUCAGAUUGAAAAGUGGUUCAAUUUUUGAGCUCCUAGUCUAACAAAGUGCUGUAGUUGUGAUUCAACUGUCAUUCCUAAUGAGUGUACCCUCAUUUUCCCAAGCGAGUUUGUAACAAUAUGGAUGGUUAAAAACCACAUUUAUUCUCUUAUUUUUUUUUCUUUUA